AAAUUCGAAAAAGAGAAACUUUAUUUAUCUAUCUCUUCUUUCUGUUUAUAUCUACCUUUUUAUAUAUUUUAAAUACGAAUCUGUUUUCUUCUCUCCGUCCACUCAACUCAACUCAACUCCACAACUCCAAAAAUCAAAAGCAGAGUAAUCCUAACAAAGAAUAAGCUUUAGAGAGAUGGAGGAGAAGAAUGGCCACCAUGUCCAUCAUCAUCAUCAUCAUCAUCCCCUUUUGGGUGGUGGAACAAGACAAACCAGUUAUAGCCAUGGUCUCUCUGCAGCUCAAAUUCAGUCACUGGCCGCCAUUUGUGAAGCUCUUAUACCUCCUCUUUCAAUGGAUACCCUCGGCCAGGAAAACCCACUUCGUAGAUCACUUCAUUCUUUCUAUCAAGCCUCUGGGGCUCAGCAUCCAAUUCCAGAUGAGGUGGCACAGUUGCUUGUGACAAAGGCUCUGCCACAGGCUGUGAUUCUAGUGAGGAUAGUUCUAAAGAUUCUGUCUUUCAGAUUGGGAACUCUGUUACUUUGUGGCCACCUUUGCUUGGAUUGGAAAUGGCCAUUUAUUCACAAGUUUUCUGAAAUGUCAGUGGGAAAGAGAGAAGAAGUUCUCCAAAAAUGGUCUAAGCAAAAGCUUCUAAUACCUCUGAGAUUAGUGUUCGUUUUGAUGAAACUUUUUUGCUUCUACAUAUUCUUCUCAAGGACUGAUGAAAACUCACAAAACCCAGCAUGGGAAGCAAUUGGGUAUCACAUAGACACCAGGAAAAAGGAGACUAAAACUCACAAGGAGAGACCACUUGAAAAUGGAGUCAUUGACACCAUGCUAGAAACUGAAUCCUCUCUCAUCCAAUCACUCAAACAGAAAGGAAUUGAAGUCACUGAAGAUCCAAACGACAACAACAUCUUCAAAAUCAAAUGUGACGUAGUUGUCAUCGGUUCUGGCUGCGGCGGUGGAGUUGCAGCUGCAGUUCUAGCCAAGUCUGGCCAAAAAGUGAUUGUCCUUGAGAAAGGGAACUAUUUUGUUGCCCAAGAUUACUCUUCUCUGGAGGGCCCUUCAAUGAGAGAGAUGUAUGAAUCUGGUGGAAUUUUAUCAACUUUUGAUGGGAAGGUCAUGAUAUUAGCCGGCUCAACUGUUGGUGGAGGUUCUGCCAUAAACUGGUCUGCAUCUAUUAAAACACCGAGUAACGUUUUGCAUGAGUGGUCAGUGGAUCAUAAGCUUCCACUUUUUCAAAGCUCUGAAUAUCAAUCCGCCAUGGACAUUGUGUGUGAGCGAAUUGGUGUCACUAACAAUUGUACCAAAGAGAGUUUUCAGAAUCAAGUAAUUAGAAAAGGGUGUGAAAAUCUUGGCCUAAAAGUUGAUUCAGUUCCAAGAAAUUCAUCACCAGAUCAUUAUUGUGGUUCCUGCUGUCAUGGCUGUCCAACAAGAGAUAAAAAGGGAACUGAUUCGACUUGGUUGGUGGACGCAGUUGAGUGCGGCGGUGCAGUGAUCUUAACAGGAUGCAAAGCUGAGAAACUCGUACUGGAGAAGAAUCCCAACAAGGGAAGAACAAGGAAGAGAUGCCUUGGAGUUAUUGCAAAAGCUUCAAACAACAAAAUCACCAAGAAGCUGCAAAUCGAAGCGAAAGUGACAGUUUCAGCUUGUGGGGCUCUCUCAACUCCUCCUCUGCUGAUCAACAGUGGACUUGGGAAUCCAAACAUUGGCAGAAACCUUCAUCUCCACCCUGUCCUCUUGGCUUGGGGAUACUUCCCAGAAGAUGACUCAGAAUUCGAAGGCAAAAUCAACGAAGGAGGAAUCAUUACUUCUCUCCACCGUGUGCUUUCAGAGGACGGCAACACAAGGGCCAUUAUAGAAACACCUGCACUAGCACCUGGUACGUUUGCCGCAGUGUUUCCUUGGGUCUCAGGAGCUGACAUGAAGGAUAAGAUGGUGAGGUUUUCAAGAACUGCUCACCUGUUUUCACUUGUGAGAGACCAAGGUUCAGGAAGCAUCAAGAAAGAGGGAAUGAUUAACUACCGAUUAACUAAACUUGACAAGGACAAUCUCCAGAGUGGGCUUAGACAGGCAUUGAGAAUCUUGGUGUCAGCUGGUGCAGUCGAAGUGGGAACCUACAGAAGUGAUGGGCAGAGAAUCAAGUGCAAAGGGAUAAAAGAUAAAGACUUGGAAGAGUUUUUGGAUUCAGUGACUGCAGUUGGUGGUCCUCGUACAAGAGGGGAUUACUGGACCAUUUACUCUUCUGCUCACCAGAUGGGAAGUUGCAGAAUGGGCCCCAAUGAAGAAGUGGGAGCUCUUGAUGAGAAUGGUGAAAGUUGGGAGGCUGAAGGUUUGUUUGUGUGUGAUGGGAGUGUUCUUCCAACAGCUCUUGGGGUCAAUCCCAUGAUCACCAUUGAAUCCACAGCUUAUUGCAUCUCCAAGAAGAUUGCAGAGUCCCUGAAAAUGUAAUCUUAUUGUGUAUCAUUAAUGGUAAUAAUUGUUCUUAUGGUGUUUAUAUUAGAGUGAACAUAUUUUGUUGAAGCAAGUAGUGAAUGUGAUUGUGUUGA